UGUUGUACCAAUGGUCAGAAAGGCUUAUUUUGACAAAGGUUAAAGUCAAUUUUUUAGGGAAUAAUAAUAAUGUCGCGCAUAUUUCUUUCCUACGUGGGUCUACUUUCUUUGGGGUGGAAUGUGGCUUGGGGUGCAAACGAGACAAGUGGGAUAUACACGAGUCCAGGGUAUCCCAGUCCAUUUCCAUCCUACUCAACCCAGAACACCAGAAUAGAACUGCCAGGCACAAAUACCACCGUUUUCUUACAUUUCGAGAAACUAGAUUUAAGAUCUACCAGUAGUAGCAAUCCGGCCUUAUUAAGGGUGUACGAUGGGACUUCAUCAAGUUCUGAAAAAAUAGCAGAGUUUACGGGAAACACAGUCUCAUUUGACGUCGAAUCUACAACCAACAACAUGUACUUGACUUUUAGUUCUAAUUCUUAUCCUGGUGCGGCGGGGUCUGGAGUUUACGCGACAUACACUACUGUCAAUAAUCACUACAAUCUUUCCGAUGGAACUGGCUCAAUUUCAACGCCAAAUUAUCCCAAUCCAUAUCCGGAUUCAGAAGUCAUUCACUGGACUAUCCGACAACCCACAUAUGCAUUCACAAGGGUAGAAAUUCACGAUUUUGAAACCGAAGAGUGUUGUGAUAGUUUGUCCGUUCGAAACGGCCCGACUUCUUCUUCAGCUGAAUUGCAGUUACUUGCCGGCGACAAUGGUUACACCCCGUUCACCUUCAUGUCCACCGAGAAAGCUAUCUUUUUGCGCUUUAUAUCAAAUGGAUUUUCAAGUGGGAGGGGCUUCAAUGCGACAUAUCACCCAGGUUUUCGUUACAUAUUGGGAGGCUCCUCUGGAGAGGUUAAAUCGCUCAAUUUCCCCUCCAACUACACCACUUACCUGGCUGAACAGUGGGUUAUCACUGUCCCCUUUACAAACAUGAGCGUCCUAUUGGAAUUCAAAUCAUUUGAUACAGAGCUUGGUGAUCUCCUCACGAUUCGGAAUGGGGAUAGGGAUACGAGCCCGAUUGUCGGACAGUACUCGGGUAGCCAACUUCCCCCCAUUUACAUUUCUUCCGCUAAUAAACUUUUUGUAAGUUUCGUUUCUCGGGAUGGAGCGACAAAUCGCGGAAUUUUUGCGACUUAUUUAGCUGUUUACCGCUCGGACUACACAACGACGACCCAAGCACCCAUCUGCACGGAGGAUGGCGUUUAUCGAAUCCCGUUUCCCGGAUUUUGCGAAAAAUACUAUCAAUGUGUAAAUUACCAUGCGUACGAACAGUCUUGUGCACCGGGUAUGUUCUUUGACCCUGCAAUGUCGGAGUGCAACUUUGCCGACUUGGUUGACUGCCCUUGGUUCACGACCUUCCCAACGACGGAACCUUCAGUCUGUCCACCAGACGGGAUAGAAUUCAUCCCUAUCCCAGGGGACUGUACAUCUUAUAUUUUGUGCGCCGAGGGCAUUCCACAAGUACAGGGUGCCUGAAUGGUACCCUCUUCAACCCGGUAACGAGACGGUGCGAGCCUGCCGAGAACGUUGAGUGCGAAAUCAUCUGUCCAGAAGAGGGCGUUGUAAAUGUUCCAAAACCAGGAUCAUGCGUCGAGUACGUCAUGUGCGCGGAGGGUACCCCAAUCCCUCAACGGUGUCCGGAUGGCACACUGUUCGAUCCUAUCGAUUUGCGAUGCAAGCCAGCAGAUGAAGUAGUUUGUCAAUAACUUUCCCUUUGACAUUUCUUUUACUACUUUAUUAAAGGAGAACACUACAGAAAAAUUGACCUGUAAGUUCCCAAAAUUUCCGCAUUUGUGACAACUUUAAUUUUGUGUCAAUUUUUUGUCAUUAUCCAUUUUGCGAAUACUUAUGCAAUAAAUACACAUAUAUGUAUGCAAUCAAUA